GACAUACUCGUAGCAAGAGGACAUAUACAGUGUUACGCCGGCAUCAUUAAGUGGAGGUGUUACUUGACCUAGAGAAGCUCACAAACCAUGGCGGGUAAAGUGGCCUUCAUGGUAAAGUUCCUCAGUGUGGCGGCGGUUGUGGUGUGUGUCUUCCAGGCGAUCCACGUCGAGUUGAUAAGGAAUCAGGUGCGUCUGUUUCUUGCGGCCACUCGAUCUGUCAAUGAAGCCGAGAAGGAGUCUAUCCAUCGAGACGACCUCAAGAAUAUUUUUCACACUACAGACGACCUCAACGACCUCCAACUACCAAACAAGGUCAUUAAAUCCCAGAAACCACACGACCUCAAUGAUCUUCAACCACCACACUACCAUAACGACCACCAACCACCACACGACCAUAACGACCACCAACCACCACACGACCACCAACGACCACACCAAUACCCUAAGAAUAUUUUUGUUCUCAGCUCAGCAGGAAGAAGUGGAUCCAGUCUCUUAGGUUCACUGGUCGCCUCACUGGGAAGAGCAAUGUAUAUAUUUGAACCCCUAAGAACACUGCGUAAUAUAAGGUAUGAAAGCGUCACUAAAGAUGAAGCGCUGGUUGAACUAAGACGAAAUUUUCAAUGUGAUUUAAGGUACAACUUGAGCAAAAGUCAUUUUUACAUAGGAACCAUUUCUUAUAGAGAGUCAGAUGAGUGUGGUCCGUUCUACUCGGAGAACAGAAGAACGAGUGAAGCAAUUAGAAUGGCAGGACAAGUAUGUAACAGGGUGCCAGUGAAGAUUAUCAAGACCAUAAGGUGUCGUCUGCAGUGGAUAUCUGAACUAUUACAAGACACUAACAUAGAUAUGAAGGUGAUCCAUCUGGUCCGGGAUCCGAGAGGAACUAUGAUGUCGAUGUAUAAAACAAAGUUCCCAGAUGUUUCACAGAAAAAUUUGUGCCCUGGUUUAAGGCAGGAUCUACAACAUAAACAGUUCAUGAUGGAACGUUUCCCCGGGAGGUAUAUGUUUAUUAAGUAUGAAGACCUGUGUCAGGAUCCUUACGGCAAGACCAGCGAAAUAUUCAGGUUCCUGAAGGGAGAAGGGAAGGUCUCCAGGAGCACUAACUCCUCUUCUUCAGCGUCUCCGUCACAAGAUAUCCCCAGGUGCGUCCAGGAGUUCCUUCAUACUCAUAUGCACAAUGCUAAGGGCAACCCUUAUAGCACCUACCGGAACACAGCCACAACCUGGCAGAAGUGGAGGUCGUCGAUCUCCCAGAAGUCACUGAUGACCUGGGAACGAGAAUGCUCCGACGUCCUUCACAUGAUGGGCCACAGGAUCUUCGGGAGUGUUGACAACGCCAGGAACCUUUCAUUGUCCUUGUUUGUUGGGGCGUGAGGACAACAGGAUGUGUGUAGGAGUACCAGGAUAAUGUAUGUGUGUGGUUCAUUCCUUGAAAAGACAUUGUUAAAACUUGAAGUUAAAACAGAGUGUGUUGAUUACAUAAUGUAAGACACAGGUAAAGGAGGUAGGAUGAUACUGAACGUGUCUACCUGUUGGCUGAAGACACUAACAUGUUCUUGUAUGUCUAUAGAGCAGUAAUACAUAUACUUGGCUCCUCUA